AUGCUGCCGGUGCAUCUGCGGCUGAUGGCGGCGCUGGUGGAGACGAUCGGCGCGCCCAUCAAGCUCACCGUCGCCGCUGCUGCGGCGCAUGACACGGGCUUCCGCGAGAAAGUCAUUCUCCUCGCUCAGGCCUUCCAUCGCAUGAACGUGCGACUGCACAGGCGGCUGGACACGAGGCAGCAUGCCAGGCAGCACCGGCACCUGCCCAUCCGGCCACUCAACGAGGAGAGGGCUGUGGACCUGGCCGCGCACCUGCUGGGGGAGCUCUUCGUGUUCGGGAUGGGAGGGAGCAUCAUAGUGGCGGAGGUGGCCAAGCAGGGGCGGGCUGAGGCGAGGAAGGAGGAGGCGCACAGACGAGAGGUGCAGGAAGCAACGACCCGCCACCGAUCAGCAGCAGAGUACUUCAGCAGGGGUCUUAGCUUCUCUUACCGUAUGCUAUUCGCUGCCAAGAUCGUCUUUACCCAGGCAAGCUCCCUCCCGAUCUCCUCAAGUCGUGCUGGUUAA